CACUAAUCGCACAUGCUACGUCUUGACACAUGCCUUCUUUCUAUUGGUCUUUCUCUUUUCCUUUCUCUUGCCUUUCCCCCACAAGAAUGUUGUCGUUUUACAAUCAACUAUACCCUAGCGGCAUAAACGACGUCAUACAGGCUCUCAGACGCCAGACCUGCAACUUCCUCCAUUCCACCUACAGCCAACACAUCCUCAGACGGUCCAGUUUCUCGGCAGCGGCAGCGCCACCGCCAGCUCCACUGCCGCCACCAACCAUCCAUAAUACACCAAAUAUCUCUUGAUUCAACCACUGGAAAUUAGUUUGAGUUUACAACCAUGGACGACGAUGUUUCAAACUCUUUUCGGCGAAUGUCAAGCCGAACUCGUAAGGUUGCUCCUAGAAUGGCUGCUGCUCUCGCAAGCAGCGAUAAUCGAACUCAGGCAGCCAUCGCUCGACUUGAAGCCUUGGAAAAUGAUUAUGCUGGGAUGGAAAUGGUGGAAACUAAUGAUGAUGAUGAGGCUUCCCUUGAUGAUGACGAUGAAGGAUAUUUACAAAAGAAGCAGUCCAAGAGUACAAAACGUAAAACCCGGCAAGCAAAAGCGCUUGAGAAUGCUAGGAAAGCCCCAAGAAAUUUUCUUGAGCUCUUACAUGAGGCAAAUUUGGAAUCUUUGCCUCCACAUGUUCCAUCCUAUUUGAAGGCAGCUGUAGGACCUCCAAGCUCUACCUGCCGCCGGCAUUUCUGCACUGUUUGUGGAUUUCUUUCCAACUAUACUUGUGUUAGAUGUGGGAUGCGCUUCUGUUCAAUCCGUUGCCAGACCAUACAUGAUGAUACUCGUUGUCUGAAAUUUGUUGCCUAAUUGAUGAGACUUGAGCCAGUAGAUUUUGUAGAUAUAACUUGACCCUGGGCUUACUGCACUAUGCUGGAGCAGUCAGUUAAAAUAGCACGUGAUGUCAAAUGCAUACUUUAAACCUGUAGGAAGCAAUGUUUUGGACCAUUAUUUGUCUGCACACUACUCUUAAUCCAAUUUGUGAAAAUUCAAGCUGCUUGUAGCUGUCCA